AUGACGAUUCCACUGUCGCAAACACAGAGUGUCGAAACGGGCCGUCCACUGAAGAUGGCGGCGGAGCUGCAUCCGCGGAGCGGGAAGCUCAUCGGCCUGUCCAACUCCAACAGGACAGCCCGGAGGAACCAGCCCGUCCAAGAGUUUAACCACGGCCUGGUGCUCAGCAAAGAGCCGCUGAAGGACCGGGACGUGUUCACUGUCCGCAUCGACAAAAAGGUGAACUCAUGGAGCGGUUCUAUUGAAAUUGGUGUGACUGCUCUGGACCCAGCUGCGCUGGACUUCCCCAGCAGCGCCACAGGACUUAAGGGAGGCUCGUGGAUCGUGUCCGGCUGCUCCGUGUUACGGGACGGGCGGUCUGUUUUAGAAGAGUACGGGCGGGACCUGGAUCAGUUAGCUGAAGGGGACCGUGUGGGCAUCCAGCGCAACUCUCGAGGAGAGUUACACCUCUGGGUGAAUGGACAGGACUGUGGCACAGCGGCCAGCGGAUUACCGCCCAAACUCUGGGCUGUCGUGGACUUGUAUGGAAAGUGCACCCAAGUGACGGUGGUGAGCUGUGAGCCGCCUCCAGCCUGCGCCGAGAGAGAGACUGUGGAGCAGGACGAGGAGGAUGAAGAGGAGGAAGAGGAGGUGGUAGUGUGUGGCACACGUGAAGACACUGGGAUCACAGCACUGAUAAAUGUGGCAGCAAUGAAUGGACUAGUGAAUGGAGGCGAAGUGCCUGAGCUCUGCUGCAGUCACAGCCGACCGGACAAGUUUCCCAACAACCUGGAGCCAGAAACAGUUUUAACAGAGCACCAGCUUUUUGACGUGUUCAACAACGCCAUAGUAUCGUUUUACCGCUCGGAGGACGGAGGCGGAGGGGAGGACGGAGGGGAGGAUGGAGGCGGGGGAGGCGGUGGGUCCGGGGACGGGGGAGGCGGGGGGGAUGGGGGAGGCGGGGGCGGCAGAGCGGGACACGCAGGCAGCGAGUCGUCCUCCAGGAAUGAGCGAGGGAGCAGCAGCGGAGGAACAACGGCAAACAGCGACAGCGGCUCUACGGGAGGAGGAGGAGGCGGAGGCGACGGAGGCAGCGCUAAUAACAGUCCGGCGGGGAACGGAGGGACGGGACCCGCGGCUCUGACCGGAGGAAUGACCACCAAUGACGCACUACUGUUUCACGAAAAGUGCGGGACUCUGAUCAAACUGAGCAACAACAACAAGACGGCAGAACGCAGGAGGCCCCUGGAUGAGUUCAACAACGGCGUGGUCAUGACCAACCGCCCGCUCAGACACAACGAGAUGUUUGAGAUCCGCAUCGAUAAACUGGUGGAUAAAUGGUCCGGGUCCAUCGAGAUCGGAGUAACGACCCACAAUCCCAAUAAUCUGGACUAUCCUGCGACUAUGACUAACCUCCGCUCAGGAACAAUCAUGAUGAGUGGCUGUGGAAUUCUUACAAAUGGGAAAGGGACACGUCGGGAAUACUGUGAAUUUAGCCUCGACGAACUUCAGGAGGGGGAUCACAUCGGGCUGAUGAGAAAGGCCAGUGGAGCGCUGCAUUUUUAUAUCAACGGCAUAGAUCAAGGUGUUGCGGCGGCCCAAACCCCGGGUGUGGUCUACGGAGUGGUUGACCUCUACGGCAUGGCUGUCAAGGUCACCAUAGUUCACAACCACAACCACAGUGACCGCCUGCGACGCAACAACGCCAUCAUGAGAGCGUUAUCGCCGGACGUAGGCCGACCCAGGCCCCCCCUGACCCUCACUCCAGACGCCGAGGCUCCAGACCGACUCCUGUUUCACCCAAACUGUGGCCAGAAAGCCGCCAUCAUCAGUGACGGCCGGACGGCGCUCAGACCAUAUGCGAUUGAUGACUUCAACCAUGGUGUGGUGCUAAGCAACCGGCCUCUGCGCUCCAAUGAGGUGUUUCAAGUUCGUAUUGAUAAAAUGGUCGACAAGUGGGCGGGGUCUAUUGAAAUCGGAGUCACAACACAUAAUCCCGCCUACCUUCAGCUGCCCUCGACCAUGACCAACCUGCGUUCAGGGACGUGGAUGAUGACGGGGAACGGUGUGAUGCACAACGGGACGACCAUUUUGGAUGAAUACGGGCACAACCUGGACCGGCUAAAGGCGGGUGACACGGUCGGGGUGGUGCGUAAAGAAGACGGCAGCCUUCAUUUCUUUGUAAACGGAGUGCCUCAGGGCCCAGCGGCCUGGAACGUCCCCCCCAGUGUUUACGCAGUGGUGGACCUGUACGGUCAGGCGGCUCAGGCCACCAUCAUGGACGACAUGGUUGACCUCCCUCCUCUCCCAGAGGACACCUCAGAUGGGCCCACAGCCUUGUCUCCUGGAAGCCCCUGCUCCAUCGCUGGAGCCACCUCCACCAGUGACCUGCGUUUUCACACACUUCAUGGGAAUAACGCCGUGAUCACCAACGGGGGGCGCACCGCUCUGCGUCAGAACAGCCGGAGCGAGUUCAACGAUGCUAUUGUCAUUUCCAACAGGUGCCUUCGUGAUGGAGAACUUUUUGAGAUUGUUAUUCAAAAAAUGGUGGACCGCUGGUCGGGUUCAAUAGAAGCUGGAGUGACGGCCAUCAGGCCAGAGGAGCUGGAGUUUCCAAACACUAUGACUGAUAUAGAUUAUGACACUUGGAUGCUGAGUGGGACGGCCAUUAUGCAGGACGGAAACACGAUGCGUAACAACUACGGCUGUGACCUGGACUCUCUGACCACAGGCUCUCGUAUUGGGAUGAUGCGUACCGCCACCGGGGACCUUCACUAUUACAUCAACGGAGUGGACCAGGGCGUCGCCUGCUCCGGUCUUCCUUCAGAGGUGUUUGCGGUGGUCGACUUGUAUGGACAGUGUGUUCAGGUGUCCAUCACCAGCUCCUCGGGGCCUUUGGACAAUAGUUUAUGCACCAGCAACGUGACAGAAAACAGCUUCCCCAUCCACUACCCAGUAGCAGGUGUUGCCCAUCGGUUCCACAGUAAACACGGUAAAAACGUGGUGCUGCUCGGGGAGGGCUGGCAGGCCAUCCGGGUCGGGGGAUACUCACACGGGAUUGUGUUCAGCGCGAAGGAACUGAAAACGGAUGAACUGUUUGAGGUGAGGAUCGAUGUGGUGGACGAUCAGUGGAGCGGUUCUCUGCACAUAGGACUGACCACUCUGGCUCCUCCUGACCUCCCCUCCUGCCCGCUCUCCGGCCUCUCCCCCUCCCUCCCGCAGCUCCGCACCAAAGUCACCUGGGUUCUGAGCGGCAACGAGGUCAGACGCAACGGCGCUUUACAACGACAAAACUACGGCUGUUCGCUGGACAGGCUCACGGUGGGAAACCGCGUUGGAGUUAAGAGGUGCAGCGAUGACACGAUGCAUAUUUUUAUUGAUGGUGAGGACAUGGGCCCAGCUGCCACUGCAGUCGCCAAGAACGUGUACGCAGUGUUGGACUUGUAUGGGAAGAUUACAGCCGUGUGCAUCGUGAGUUCGUCGCUCACGGAGGACGCCGAGAGCGUCAAAGCGCCGUCUUUGUCGUCGGACAGUUGCAGCGAAGGAGAAGAGGACAGCAGCCCCGUGAGAGAGGUGGAGAGUGAGCCGUGUCCGCUGGUUCCCACCGUCAUGACGUUUUUAGAGAAUCACGGUAAAAACAUCCAGCUGACCAACCAGAGCCUGUCGGCCGCUCGAGUGUCCAGCUACAACCAGGGCCUCCUGGUCACGGCUCAGCCUCUGGCCCGACAGCAACUGUUCCAGUUUCAGAUCGACCGCCUGAACCCGUCGUGGACUUCCUCGCUGUCGUUAGGGGUGAUAGGCCACGCCCCUGACCGUCUGAACUUCCCCUCCACCGCCUGCUGUUUAAAACGGUCCACGUGGCUGCUGCAAAGGGACUCGGUCUUCCACAACUCGCUAAAGAUAUGUGAAAACUACGGCCCAAACCUCGACACGUGUCCAGAGGGGACGCUCUUGGGCCUGCUCGUGGACGCCAACAACGCUCUCCAUCUGUACGUGAAUGGAAUGGACCAGGGAGUCGCCGCUCAGGACAUCCCUUCACCCUGUUACCCCAUUAUUGACCUCUACGGCCAGUGUGAGCAGGUCACCAUAGUAACAAACAACGUGCCGGCCGUCGGAGGCGAGAGCGCAGAGACCCGUUGCCAGGGCGACAUGGAGAAGGCCGAUAUGGUUGACGGAAUCAAAGAGAGUGUGUGCUGGACGCCGCCUCCUGAGGUCAACCCCAACAAAACGUGUGAAUAUCAGGCUCUGUGCUCGCGCUUCAAAGACCUGCUCACGCUCCCAGACGGCUACUUCAGUGAAGACGCCAAGUACAAUCUGUGCUACUGUGAGUCGUGUCACAAACUUCGGGGGGAUGAGGCGUAUUACAAACGAGGAGAGCCGCCGAGGGACUACGCCCUGCCCUUUGGGUGGUGCCGCUUCGCCCUCAGGAUAAAAACAAACUGUGAGGCUUCAAACGCUCUGAAAAAGUGGCACAUCGCGUACCACGGCACCAGCGUCGGUGCUUUACGGAGAACACUGGACCAUAACCAGCUGCUGUCUGGAGCCUCGUCUGUGUUUUCAGUGUCUCCUGUUAAAACAGAAGCUCCCAACGAUUAUAGUGAACCAGACGAGAACAGCGCCCCCGGCAGGGAGGUCCCCAGAGUGCGCCUCUCCCCCACCAUGCGCUACUCCGGCUUAGAGAUCUUUGCUCCUAAAGUGCAAUUUCAAGACCCGCGCUCUCACCGCUGUCACCAGGCGCAGGUCGGCUUCCAGGUGUGUGUGCGUCCUGGGUCGUACAAAGUGGGGCCUCAGACGGCGAGUCAGAGCGAGCCCCUGGACCCUCGCUUCAGUAACGCCGAGAUCGAGUGGAUCACGAAGGAGCAGGGCGGGACGAUGCUCUACGGACUCCUCAUACGAGUCGAAUGAACAACACGAGGGACAUUUUGGUUUUAAGAAACUAACAACCAAAUCCAAGCCCUGCCUUGAGCGAGUGACUCACCCAGCGGGACCCUCCGGGAGGGUUGGGACCCCCUGGGAGGCCUCGAGGGUUGGGCCCCCCCAGGAGGGUCAGGGGCCCCCCCGGGAGGUUGGGGCCCCCCCCGGGAGGGUCCUCAAAAGCAUUAGUUUUUCCUACCUUUGGUUGUGCUCUCGGACACUUUGAGACCAGGGCCGUGGCGUUUGAAGACACUGCCUGCACUUUAUGUUUGGGACAUUUGUGGGCAAUUUUUUAAACUGAACUCAUCGACAUGUUUGUUAAUCAGCUGCAGAUUUUUUUUACUUUCACUGGUCACAGAUUUUGGCACUCGAGUACAACUUCCCACCUCCCAGUGUUAUCGUUUUAAGUUCAGCUCAGAGCUCCAUCUCGAAGCGAUCCCUGCCAAUCUGCACAUCAACACGUCUGAAAAAUGUCACAAAUGGACCCAGUCGUGUUUUGGAGAGUUUGACAGAAAAUGUUUACUGAAGAAUACGCUCAGACCUCGGGCUUCGUCACAGUUCUAACUCGUCUCUUGAGGAAAAAAAAAAACAGGUACAACUGGAAAAAAGACUGCACCUUUCUGGGGGUAUUAAGUUUCAGCCUUAUGUUACAAAAGAUCAAUUUAAAUGUAUUUACACGUAGACUUGACUAGGCAACAUUGUACAAGUAUAAAGGUCGUUUUCCAAAUUGUUUGCCCAUAAACUUGUUUACGUUUACACACAACCAGGAUUCUCAGAAAUCAGCCGUCAAGCCAUCGCCACAAUCCUCUGUUUACAAGUGAAUGUUCGUUAAUUAGGGCUGCUGUCUUUGUGCGUUUAGAAUUCGUUUACAUUAGUCAAAAGUUUGUCUGCUUUUAUUCGAUUAUUUACAUCCAAACAUGAUUGUAACAGCAAAAGGGUUCUAAUUUUUUCCAAUCCAGUUGCCAAUUUAUACAUAACGAUGCUACGAUAUGUAAGAAGAUUGCACAGUGUCUCGAGUCGCUCUGAUCCACGUGAUGAAACUACGGGGUUUGA